CUCGCGGUUGAAUGGGCUGGCUGGCUAUUCUUCUAAAGUGUACUUUCAGUUUUGCUCCUCUCUUUGACGUCCAGGACCACAUUUACCAUGUCCAAAACACGAGAUGCUCUUGGCAAGCCCGAGACGUUGACAUACCAUACGACCCCACGUGGACAUCAAGUCAAGAUUGAUGUGCGGGGUAAAGGUGGUCCUGCGCUCAUCACGUUCCAUGGUGGAGGUAUUAUUCAGGGCAGUCGAGUUGAUGGGCAUAUCCCGUCGAAUUGGGAGGCUAAAUUUCCUGGGACAUGGAUCGCAGCGGAUUAUCGACUGUUGGUACCUUCUGUAGGAUCCGAUAUCCUGGAAGACAUCAGGAUUUUGCUGGAUUAUGUCUUGACUCUUCCGAUAGACCAUCACAAGAUCUUCCUCUUCGGAGGAUCGGGCGGAGGCUAUCCUAUGCGACUAGCGGCUAUGCUCGCUGCUCAAGAGAGUCAAAAACCUGAACCGAGGUACACUGUGAUAGGCUGCAUUUCCUACUGUGGAAUGGCUGGAGAUUUCCUCUUGGAUCACUGGUUCAAGCCUAUCAUUCCGAGAGAUAUGAACAUCUCCGAAGAAGGGAUCAAGCAGAAAGUGGACUCUCUCAAGCCUGAUCUCGAUCACAUGCGAGGGGGAGAAGAGCAAUCGGAUUGCUCGUUCGAUGUCACUCGAAAUCCCAAUAGAGACGUCAUCUGGCAGACUUGGCACUUGACAGGGACUAUCAACGAUUCCAUCACUGGAGAUCAAGGAUUCAGCGAGAAGAUGAAGUCCAUUCCAUACGAAAAGAGACUCGAGUCUAUCCCUGAAAAGCUCGUCCCUUUCCUCCCUCAAGCAUUCAUUGAGAAAAACGGUGCCAUCCUCCCUCCUUUCCUCCUGGUCCAUGGUAACAAGGACACCAUCAUUCCGUAUGAGGAAUCAGUCAACACUGAGCGCGCUAUCAAAGCGAGCGGAGGUAAAGCCGAGCUGUUCACGGUCGAAGGCGCAGAUCACGAUAUGAAAAAGCCCGGAGAGGCUUCGGACGCGAUCACCGAGAGUGACGAGUAUGCGCUCAAAUGGAUGAACGAGAGGAUCCGAGAGGCGACCAAAUGAAGGAGACAUCAGACACUAUCAUGCAUC